GAAUAUUUACUACAAAAAAGGUAUCUUGUAAAUUUUUUGUAAAAUUAAUACUUUUUCGUAAAAUUAAGAAAAACCAGUCAAAGUCAAUAUUUUUCCACGCAAUAUUAUCCAUCCAACACUUUUAUAUUUAAAAAUGUUAUGGUUUCCCUUUUUCAAAGUCAUCAUUAUUUAAUGCAGUUUUAUUAAACACGAAUCACACUAAACAUAUACCUAAUUAUAUAAUUUUGAUAAUAAAAUAUGUGUAGACAAACUUAAAAAUCACUUUCCGAGAGAUGACUAUAAGGAGUUUAUACAGCUAGUUUUAAUAUUUUUAGGAGGAAUACCUCCAAAUGGUAUACAAUUUCGUCAGCCAGGUGCUUAUCACUUAGCUCGAUGGAUGUCAAAACCUAUCUACUGUCUUAAAAUUUUAAUGUUUUGUGAUCAAUUUCAAAUUUCAACAAAAGAAAAAAAGUCACUGGAAGAUAUAUGUAGUUUUAUAGUUGAAUGUUAUAUUCAAGUGUGGAUUUCGGCUCCAGAUAUUAUUACCGCUCCUAUAAAUGAUAUUAUGUUUUUAAAAAAGUUAUUGAAUUAUAACAAUAAUAAAUUGGGAGAAAUUGCUUUAAAAAAAUUCAUAAACCACUUGUGGUAUUUGAAUGAAGAAUGUGCUGUGUUUUCAUUAUUUGAUGACCGAGUUGACUACAAUACUAAACAUCGAAUGGCAAAUAAAAUUUUGCAAGGAUAUGAAGAAAAUAUAAACAAAGAAGAAAAUGAAGGUUCAAAUAAAAAAAUUAACGUACAAUUUGACGAUGUAUCAAAUUUUGUUAAUCAAGAUCUUCCAUUUGCCCUGCUUAAUAAUAAAUCAUGGAAAUUAUUUCAACGAUUUAAAAUAUCUUUUAACUUUUUACGAGAAGAUCCAAGCACAUGGAAAGCCUUGGAUGAGUAUAUACAAGCUAAAGAAAUAUUAUCUGCACUAAAAGUCGUUAACGAUACAGCUGAACGUGGGAUAAAAUUGAUGGAGGAAUAUAAUGAAAAAUUCACUAAAAAUGAAGAUCAAAAACAAUUUAUUUUACAAGUUGUUCAAGAAUAUCGCCAACAAUAUCCAGGGUUUAGCCGUGAGAUUUUAAAGAAAACUUAUGCCUAUUAAUAAUACAUCAUUAAUAUUAUUUUUUAAUAUUUAAUGAAUA